CUCCACCGGCCAAGGUGUGCCGGUGUGGAGCUCGAAGGUACAAAGACCUUUUCACCUUUGUUAGUGGCAACCCAAAAACUUAAAAUCUCAGAAAUUUUCUUGACGGUUUCGCGAUUCUCGCCAGCUUCCUCCUCCUCUGGCUCUGCAAUUCCGGAAUCAGAGGAAAGCACUGAGCCCUAACCCUAAUUCUAACUCUACAACUCUAUAGUUUCCCGCCUUUUCCCGCUCUUGUAAUGGGAAAUGGAGCUUCAAGAAAUCGAAGCAGUUCUGGAGAAGAUUUGGGACCUCCAUGACAAGAUUAGCGACGCCAUCCACGCUUUCUCAAGAUCCCAUUUCCUCAGUUCGAUCAAAGCUCAGAAGAAAUCAGACGACGUUUUCUUCUCUUGCAAAUUCGACAAGAGGAAGCCUCGUAACGGUAGUGUUGAUGAUCGUAGUGGAUUCGUAUUCGUGAAAAAUAUUCGCGUUGACAACGAUGCAGCACUUGAAGAGGCCAAAAGCCUUAAUUCUAUCAGAACUGCGCUUGAGAACCUCGAAGACCAGCUUGAGUUCUUUCAUACGAUACAAUCACAGCAGCAGACUGAAAGAGAUGCUGCAAUUGCACGGUUAGAGCAAAGCCGAAUUAUCCUUGCAAUGAGACUGGCUGAUCACCGAGGUCAGAAUUGCAAAGUCAUUGAAGAAGCUCUAGCUUUUGUUGGUGACGUAGAAAGUGCAGGCCGUUUUGUCUCGCUGGAAAAUUUGUUUGUACCACCUACGAGCCAAUCUGGUGAAAGCUUAGGAGGUCAUGUAGGGAAAAGGUCAAAUAUUAUCAUGCAAGUUCUGGCAUCAGGUUUUAGCUUUGCCAAAAAUUCUCUUAAAUUGGGGAGGAUAGGUGGGCUAUUAGGAAAUGCUGCUUUGUUCACGGUUAGCAUGGUUGCUUUCCUGCAUCUCCAUCAAGUAGCCUUCAAGAACAAUAUUAUGGUGGAGGUUCCAGAGUUGCAGGAGAAUUCUUUUUAUAGCAAGGGAAAAGAGAAGAACUCUCAGGUGGAGAGUUUGUCUCCGAAUAGCCGUGUGAAGCAGUUGGAUGUUUUAUCAGCUAGAGGAUAGGCUUGAUUUUUUAGAGCUAUUUAUGUUCAUGAUGUUAUGACCUUGUCGGAGCAGUUUGUUGUGAUGAACGAAUAUUCUUCCUGUAAUUUUACUAGCACGGAAAUCCCAAAUGGUGCUAGCAAUUGUGAGUCGUUGUUUUGAUA